AGAAAAUCGAUGACUGGUGAAAUAGAGAAGACUACAAAUGAGAAAAUGUUUACAGCUGAGGAGGUUUCCCAGCAUAAUACCAAAGAAUCUUGUUGGAUCAUAGUCCACGGGAAAGUAUACGAUGUUACUGAUUUCCUACCUGAACAUCCAGGUGGUUCUAAAAUAAUACUCAAAUAUGGUGGUAAAGAUGCGACAGCUGAAUAUGACCCAAUUCAUCCACCAGAUGCGAUCAGCGAGAACCUCCCGCCAGAGAAGCACCUUGGUAGAAUAGAUCCUAUGACUGUCCAAGAUCGUAUCAAGGAGACAUCUCAAGAGGAGAAAGAAAGUGCUGCACGUCACGCUAAAAAACCACCACUUGGAGAAUGUCUCAGUUUACACGACCUCGAGGCUGUCGCUAAAUACGUUCUAACUGGUAAAGCAUGGAUGUAUUAUAGCUCAGGAGCGGAUGAUGAGAUAACCAUGCGUGAGAACCACAAUGUUUACCAUCGCAUUUGGUUCAGACCGCGUAUAUUAAGGGAUGUAGCUAACGUACGUUUUGAUACAUCUAUACUAGGCCAUAAAACUAGUAUGCCAUUUUAUAUCACGGCUACCGCACUCGGCAAACUCGGCGAUCCCGUGAAUGGUGAACUCAACCUUACGAGAAGUGCGGCGAAGAAUGGGAUUAUACAGAUGAUACCAACCAUUUCAUCCUGUUCAUUCGACGAGAUGAUAGAUGCCGCUUUAGAAGAUCAGGUGCAAUUUUUACAACUCUACGUCAAUUCGAACCGUGAAGUUACGGAGAAAUUUGUUAAGCGUGCUGAAAGCAGAGGUGUCAAAGGCCUCUUUGUUACAGUUGAUGCUCCUCAAUUGGGCAGACGCGAGAAGGAUAUGAGAAUGAAAUUCGAAGAUGUCGGUAUUGCUAGGACUAUCUCUACACUCAUCGAUCCAAGUCUCCAAUGGAGUGAUCUCGACUGGCUGUCCAGCAUCACAAAGAUGCCAAUUGUUCUCAAAGGUGUUCAAUCAUGGCAGGACGCCGUCAUUGCAGCUGAGAGAGGUUGCGCGGGUAUUGUCUUGAGUAAUCACGGUGGUCGUCAACUCGACAUGGCACCAUCUGGUUUGGAGAUCCUACCAGAAGUCGUCGAGGCACUCAAAGCUAGAGGACUAUACAACCCAUCAAAGUUUGAGAUUUACAUCGACGGUGGUGUUAGACGUGCGUCGGAUAUACUGAAGGCAGUCGCACUCGGUGCCAAAGCAGUCGGAAUUGGUAGACCGUUCAUCUACGCUUAUUCGGCAUACGGAGAGGAUGGUGUGAAUCGUGCUAUGGAAAUAUUAAGAGAUGAGUUUGAAAUGUGUAUGAGACUCCUCGGUGCGCGUUCACUCGAAGAAGUUACACCAGAGAUGGUGAAUACAGCCAAUUUGAACGCACUUGCUGUACCAAAGGAUAACCUAUUUUAUAGCAAUUAUGAAAGAUUAAGCGGAUUGAAUAGUAAACUCUAGAUUAAAUUUCUUUUCCUUCAACGUUGUAAUCUUUGAAUCCACGCUUUGAUAACGAC